AUGGGGAUGCAUAAUGUAGAUGCAGGAUCAUCAGACGUUGGGCAAGAUCUCGAACAGGAGAUGAAGCGCCGUAUAUGGUGGCACCUCACUUGUACAGAUUGGUUACUUGGAAGCGCACCCGGCCCACAGCAGGGUAUUUACAUGAUCAGCCCUCACCAUACGACGGUCAAGUGUCCUGCCAAUAUCGAAGACGAAGAUCUGACCGAAGAGGGUAUUCAUCGACACCCGAAACCCGACCGUCACCCAACAUCGAUGUCAUUCUUCCUCUGUCGUCUCAAAUUCGCCCAACUCUGUCGCGAAUCCAUGGACGCAAUUCAAUAUGCAAAGACUACACAACCAUCACAACUCAUAUACCCGCUCAUACUGGAAAUAAGCGACAAGUACAUGUCUUUCCUCAGGGAGCUACCGUGGUUCUUCCGUCUUGAAGACGAAGAAGACGAGGCGAAACGUACAGACUUGACCAAGAAGCAGCCCUACAUCUCGCAUCAGCGCGCUGUGCUUCUCUAUGGCAUUUACUCACGCCUGGGUCGCCUCCACCGCCCGUUCGUCACCAAAGGUAUCGCCGACCCUGGCUUUGCAGGUUCAUACAAUAUCGGUAUCGAGUGCGCGGAGAGACUUCUACGAAUCCGUCGCAUGACGGCGGUCCACGGGAGUCAGCUGCUUGACAUAUUCGGCCGCUCGCAGAGUGUUGACCAGCAUACUUUCAAUGCUAUGCUGCUGCUCACAAUAGAUGUGAUGGCGCAUCCGAACUCGCCUGAUUCAGAGCGCCGCAGAGCGGACGUUAUUGAGAUAUGCCACAUCUUGCAAGAUAAGCAUGUAAGGUUGGGUCAGCCUGCGAAUGGAAUUAGUCGAGCCGUGCAAAUGCUGUUGGAUAUCGUGCGGAAUUCGAACCGGCCCCACAUUAAGGACAAAGAUCGUAUUGACAGCACCGGUCAGGUUGGCUCAAAUACUGCGCAAAGUAUGGAUAGUCUGGUGGUUCCGGAUCAAUGCAUGAUGGCAUCGGAAGCAUCGUAUCAAACGGCGUGGAUCGACGAGUUCCUUUCAAUAUCUGAUAAUCAAGAUAUGGACACCCUUUUCGAUGAGCUCUGGGGAUCUUACUCAGAGACGAGCAUUCCAUCUCGGGAGGGCUUCUUGGAUCGGGAGGGGCUAUCCUAG